AUGGGAUAUUGGCCCCUGUGGAGUCAUUUCAAUGCCAGCAGGUUUGGAAGUUCACUGGAACCUGAGAAUGAGUCCAUCAGUGCACAGGAAGCCCCCGUGGGCCAGGGGAAUCCGACAAUUGAUCAUGAGAAAAGGCAAGUUUCAAGACCAAAACUGGAAGUUCCCCAUCCAGCCCUGACAACAGCUGCUCAGACCAAUGGUUUGCUUCAUCUCAUGAAGCGGGUGGGGAGUGACCCACGGCCGAGAAUCGCUGCUCAUCUGACAGCAUCACCAAGUCGUGAAAAAGAGAACGUAAUUUGGCAGAAUGAGAGUGACGCCACCUUCACCGAGGGAGUGGAGUUCAGGGACAACCGUCUCAUCAUCAAGAGGCCCGGACAGUACUUUGUCUACACACAGGUGGUCUUCCACAGCAUGGGUUGUGAGCAACAGGCCAUCUACCUCAGCCACGAGCUCGCCAAGCUGUCACCAAGUUAUCCCGAGGAAACCAUUCUACUGAAAGCCACCAAAUCUGCCUGCCACUCUCGCCAACGCAGGGAGCCCUGGUACAAAACCUCCUACCAGGGAGCCAUCUUUGAGUUUCUGGAGGGAGAUCAGAUCUUCUCCAGGGUUAAUGAGGGGAUGACAGAAUAUGUAGACACAACUGAAGGAAAGAGUUUCUUUGGAAUAUUUGCUGUGUAAGUGAUCUCACUUCCAUUGAUUAACAAUUAUCAAG